GUUUUUCAUCCCUGUGAAGCUCUCUCUCUCUCUCUCUAAAGUUCGUUUUCUACCCUUUAGAGCAUGAAAGUUCCAACCCUUCUUCUAUCUGUUUUUUAUCUCCUAAUUUGAAAAUCUAAAAAGAGCUUCUUCCAUCUUAAACUGUUUGAUAUGGUUUAUUAGGUUGACUGCUUUUUUCUAGCUACUACUCAAUCAAAAUUCAAAACCAUAAAUAUAUAUAUACCAAACUAUAGAACAGAAAGAAUUGGUCUCGAGCUUUAUUUGGUUUCAGAGCAACAUCUUCGAGCCCCUCGAUCGGUGGAGCACAAAUUGGCCAAGCCUAAGCGUACCGGCUGAGAAAAAUGUCUCGUCAUGGACCGAACUUGAAGUGUACGCUUAAUUAAUGAAAUAUAAAUAAUAUGUGAACCACCGGACCCAUAAUUUACUGAGAACAGAAAAAAUGAGAGAAUACAUGGAGGGACUUUGGCCUAAAUUCAAAGAAACUAUAUGGCAGCCAAUUACAAAAUCUACGGCUAAAACCUCUGCUCUCUUUACUUUUACGUUCUUCCUUUUCAUUGGGGUCAUUCUCUCCACGCGCUUCUUCAACACCACUAAUAUUCUAAGCAACAUAUCAUUCCACAACUCUCGAAAGUAUCCCAAACUUCCUGUGAACUGCACUGCUUUCGGCCUCACAAGAACUUGCCCUUCAAAUUACUCCACUGCCUACAAUCCCAAAUUAGAUCGAGACCGUUCAUUGUCUCCCACGUGUCCUGAAUACUUCCGCUGGAUCUAUGAAGACUUGAAGCCAUGGGCUUACACAGGUAUCUCUAGGGAAAUGGUAGAACAGGCCGAAAAAAUGGGCCUGGCCAACUUUAGACUGGUAAUAGUGAAUGGGAAGGCUUACGUGGAGACCUAUAGACAUUCAUUCCAAUCUAGAGAUGUUUUUACUCUGUGGGGGAUCCUACAGUUGUUACGGAGAUACCCAGGUAGAGUCCCUGAUUUGGACCUCAUGUUCAAUUGUGGCGACCCACCAGUCGUUUUAUCAAGUUCUUUUAGUGGGCCCAAAGCCAAGUCACCACCUCCAGUCUUCAAUUACUGUAAAGAUGACACAACACUUGAUAUUGUGUUUCCCGAUUGGUCGUUUUGGGGUUGGCCUGAGAUAAACAUAAAGCCAUGGGUGCCCUUGUUGGAGGACUUAAAAGAAGGCAACAAGAGGAAAAAAUGGGUGAAAAGAGAACCUUAUGCUUAUUGGAAAGGGAAUCCAUGGGUUUCUCCCAAUAGACAAGACCUUUUCAAAUGUAAGGUUUCGGGCAAAAAAGAUUGGAAAGCUCGACUUUAUGCCCAGGACUGGAAUCGAGCGUCAAAGAACGGGUAUAAGCAAUCAAAUAUGGCGCAUCAAUGCACUAAUAGCAGGUUUAAAAUUUACAUUGAAGGAGCUGCUUGGUCCGUUAGUCAUAAAUAUAUUCUUUCGUGUGAUUCCAUGACUUUACGAGUAAAGCCACGAUACUAUGAUUUCUUCGCUCGAGGUUUGAUACCAAGGCACCAUUAUUGGCCCAUAAGAAAUGAUGAUAAGUGCAGAUCCAUAAAAUCUGCUGUUGAGUGGGGCAACUCUCACGAAAAAGAGGCACAAGAAAUUGGAAAAAGAGGAAGUAAAUUCAUUCAAGAGGAGUUGAAAAUGGAUUAUGUGUAUGACUUCAUGCUUCAUAUUCUAAACGAGUAUGCCAAGCUCUUACAAUAUAAGCCUACUAUACCUCCAAAAGCUACUGAACUCUGUUUUGAGUCUAUGGCUUGCCCGGCAAAUGGGUUAGCAAAGGAAUUUAUGACCGAAUCAAUGGUGGAGAGUCCUGCAAACACUGGGCCAUGUACCAUACUUCCUCCUUAUAGUCCCUCGUCUCUAUAUUCACUUCUUGAAAGAAAGACUAACACAACUAAAGAAGUAGAGUUACUAGAGAAGAAGUACUGGCAGAGUCAAAAUAAACAGAAACCAUAGAAUAUUAUUGUUAUUGUUAUUAGUUUUGGCAUAAAACUUUUGUUGAUGUAUACAUAUAAUGAAAUUAAACAUUUUGUUUA